AAGGAAGCUGCUGUCCGGACGCGCCAAAUUUCAAAGCACUUCCUCCCCGGAGGAAAGAAAGCGAGCAAGGGAGGAAAGAAAACGAGCAACCGCGUCUGAACCCCGACGAGGGCAUUCGAAUAGAGCAAUAAAAUAAAAUAAAAAAAGAUACAUUUCUCCGAAGCUCGGCUGACGGUCGCCUCGGAGGAGAGAAACCGCUCAAAGCUGACUUGUAACUAUGAGAUACAGAGGGAACCCACAUGAUGAAAUAUUGAGAAUUUUUGAAGCAAAGCAUCUUUAUUCAUAAGCCCCCCCCAACCCAAGCCAUCAUUUAUUCAUGUCCUCAAGCUCUCAAAUGCUAAUGCUAACACCUGUUGGCCCACGCUGACCCCCAGCGUACCCGCCUAGCUUCACGGCCGAUGCCUUCCAAAUAAUCAGAGCGACUCCCUGAAUGCAUCGCGGCCUGCUGUAGCGCACGGAGGGUGGGUGGGGCUCCAAGGUCAAGUUCUGAGGCGUCAGUCAUGCUCUCGGGGGUGCAGCCUUGCUUCCAGCUGCUGCGCAUCGGCUCCUCGGCGGAGGACUCGGCGCGGGACCUCUACACCUUCAGGCCGGCACUCGCCAGCUCGGUGUUCCGGCUGGGCCGAGCAGCUGAGCUCUGUGAUGUCACGCUGGACUCGCCCAUGGUGUCACGCAUCCACGCUGAGCUGCACGCUGAGCGGGAGGCGGGCGGUGGCGAGGAGUCCGUGUCUCAGGAGGAUGGGUGGAGUGUCCAUAUCAAGGACAGGAGCAGUCACGGCACCUGGGUCAACGAAGUCCGCCUCCAGCCCGACAUCCAAUGGGAGCUCUCAGAUGGUGACGCGCUUACAUUUGGGGGGCACUCGUCUCCCGGGAGCCCUGAGUUCUACUUCCUCUUCCAGAAGGUCAAAGUUCGUCCGCUGGACUUUGACGCCAUCACCAUCCCAAAGGCAGGAGCCUUUUCCUCCGACCUACAGAACCGAAUCAGAACCAAUCCAGAGAGCAAGGCGGCGCAGGUCGUGGAUCUGUCCAAGCUGUCCAUCAACCGGGCCACCGUCAUCCUCAACUCCAUCGGCAGCCUCAGCAAGAUGAAAGGCAGAGCGUGGACCUUCAAGAGGAGCCACAGCCAUGAGGGGACAGCCUCUGAUCCGGGCUCCUCCUCCUCGCCGCCGCAUCUCGGUGCCGGCCUCUCCCCUGUGCUGCCACCCUCCACCCCGCCAUUGCUCGCCUCCAAGGCCCUCCCGCCGGCCUCCCGGAGCCGCAGGAAGUCUGCUCACACGGUCCUGCUGGAGGACGACAGCUCGGACGAGCCCAGGAGCAGGACAGAGCUGAUGGGGCUGGAGGAGGAAGUGCAGCGAGCGCGCGGCAGGAAGAAGCGGCGUCUCUACAAGUCCGAGUCGGAUGAUCUCGGCUCGCCGCCGCCGCCACUUCAUCCUCUUCAGCCCAAAGGCCUCAUCGAUGUGCGGCGUCCGCAGGAGUCCAAGCCCUUCCCCGUGGGGAUCAGAACCAUCGGCAGCUUCCAUGGCGCCAUGAGCAACACCCGACUAGACCCGCACCUCCUCCCCAAGACCGCUGCCGUGCACCGGCAAGAACACGCGGCGCCACGGCACCUUCACGGAGGAGUGAAGGGCAACUCGGUUACCUUCCGUCAACAAAGGCCCACUCGGCCGGCCGCCAGGGGCCGCAGGAGAGCUCACAGCUCGCCGGUUUUCUCCCCCUUGGUGGUGGGAGGGGAGAACUACAGCCUGGCCUCGCCAUCGGUGCGGAUCCGCACCGCCACAAGGGGCAGGGCGGCGUUCAACAGGUUUCACCAGCAGCCCAGCAAGCGGCGAGGCCGACCCCGGAAGCACCCUCUUCCUCCACGGCCAUCCCUGCCUUCGCCCUCCUCCUCGUCCUCUUCCUCCACCUCCUCGGCCUCGUCCUCCUCGGGCUCCUCGUCGUCGUCAUCGUCCUCAGAGGACGAAGAUGAGGCGGGGGCGUCCGGGGCGGUGGAGCCGUGUGCUGCGCCCCGCUGCCUGCUGCCCCAGCAGGACACGGUGCAGUGGAUCCAGUGCGACGUGUGUGACGCCUGGUACCACAUCGACUGUCUCCACGUGGACCGCAAGAAGCUCCUGAGGGACCCCAGCGCCGACUUCCACUGCGGCUGCUGCUGAGGACGCUUUCCUUCCCUCUCACGUAAGCUUUCAUCUGCAAAAACAGAUUACUUCCUGUUUUUUUCCUCGCUCUCGGAGGAAUGGAACACGCCCACCGCAGGCCUGAACACCUUCCCUUCCACCUUAUGGGUGCUAAAACUUCAUGAGACAUCAGUGGGCGUAUUCUCACUUUGAAGGCCUUUUUUGGGGGUAGGGGGAAGAUGCCAAGGCUGGGAUAAUCAUAUCUCAUUGCGACUCGGUCACUUCAUUAGGAACACCAUUUAGUCUAUCAAAAACUAUCAGUUCCUCCUUCAGCUUAAGAAAGGUAAGCUAGUGCACCUAAUGAAGUGUCUUUGCCGCCCCCACGAGGUCGUUGGUUGAGUUGCAGUUUUACGUCUCGAGCAAUAAAACGAAAUAUAACAGAAUGUAUGAACUUGUUAAUGAGUGCGUUGAAAUAUUAUGCAGUUUCACUGCAUUUUUUUAAACAUUAAUUUGUUCGUCUGGGAAAGUUUUUUUUUUUUCAUCGAUUAGAAGCUUUAUUGUUUAAUGUUCCAUGUUCCCCAAAAGAGACUCACACUCGCUGUCGCUCAUUAGCGCGCCCUACGGACAAAAGUGGUAUUGCAUGACAAAGCGUUACUCGCUUGUGCGUUCGAUCAGGUUGAAUUCUCACCAGUUAAACUCUUUCCUCUGUAUGAAGUAAACAUAAAAUCACUUUUGGAAAAUUGUUAAUUAAAAUAAUAAAAGCCGAUUAGAUCCACAAUGAUGGCACCGAAUCGUAGAAUUGAACUUUCAAUGUCGUUAUAAUGCUUGUGGUCCAGCAGGGGGCAGUGUUGGUUCGCAGAUGAGCUGGAAUUGAUCACAGCGCCGUCCUGUGUAUGUGUGUGUGUGUGUGUGUGGGUAGCAUGUCUUCAUUCAGCUCAAUGAUGUCUCACUCGUCUGCUGUAUCAGUGGGCCGGUUGAAGGAUCAUUCUGCCAUUUUGAAGCAAGUCUUUUCCCAAGGAUCAAUCGCUGUGCUUCCCAACAUGUCCUCUCGUCACGAACGUUCCUGUGUUUGUCUUGUGCAGGUGUACCUAUUAAAGUGGCUU